AUGCUGGUGUUAGCAUUUUUCUCUGAACAUGGAUGCAUUGAGAUGUUUGAAAAUACCGCUUCAUUCAGUCGCAGAUACCAAGCAUCACAAAACUGUAUGUGUGAUACGGAACAUAUGUUUGAAUGCCCUACCUCAAAUGAUAUUUCCGAUGACAAUUCCAUAGAUAUGUUCGACGGUUAUCAUUUUAACAAGAUGUUACAACAAUCGGCUAAGUUGAAACAGCUUUUUAUGCAAAAGAACCUGUAUGCAAAAAAAGAUCUUCAGAUUAAGGUAAUAGGAAAGUAG